CGGGCAGGAGCCGCCGCCGGCGGGAGCGCAGCGGAGCCGUGCGGGCCGCGCCAUGCGGCUGUGCGGGGCGCUGCUCAAGAACCCCAUCCCCAAGCAGAUCGAGUACUACUCGCGCUUCUCCCCCUCGCCCCUCUCCAUCAAGCAGUUCCUCGACUUCGGCCGUGACAAUGCCUGCGAGAAGACCUCGUACAUGUUCCUGCGGAAGGAGCUCCCUGUGCGACUGGCGAACACCAUGAGGGAGGUCAAUUUGCUGCCUGACAAUUUACUCAACAGGCCUUCGGUUGGGCUGGUACAGAGCUGGUACAUGCAGAGUUUCCUUGAGCUUUUAGAAUAUGAAAAUAAAAGUCCUGAGGAUCCUCAUGUUCUGGAUGACUUUUUAGAUGUUUUAAUUAAAGUCAGGAACAGACACAAUGACGUGGUUCCAACCAUGGCACAAGGGGUGAUUGAGUACAAGGAAAAGUAUGGCUUUGAUCCAUUUGUUAGCAGUAACAUCCAGUAUUUCCUAGAUAGAUUCUACACCAACCGCAUCUCUUUCCGUAUGCUUAUUAACCAGCACACACUUCUGUUUGGUGGAGAUAUUAAUCCUGCUCAUCCCAAGCAUAUUGGAAGUAUUGAUCCUAAUUGUGAUGUGGCAGAGGUGGUUAAAGAUGCUUAUGAAACAGCUAAGAUGUUAUGUGAACAGUACUAUACAGUGGCACCUGAUCUGGAAGUUGAAGAAUUCAAUGCUAAAGCUCCAAACAAGCCUAUUCAAGUAGUCUAUGUACCUUCUCAUUUGUUUCAUAUGUUAUUUGAAUUAUUCAAGAAUUCAAUGAGAGCCACAGUGGAAUUGCAUGAAGGUAAGAAAGAAGCCUAUCCAUCGAUCAAAACCUUAGUCACUUUGGGGAAAGAAGAUCUGUCUAUUAAGAUAAGUGACAAAGGUGGAGGUGUACCUCUAAGAAAAAUAGACAGAUUGUUUAACUACAUGUACUCAACAGCACCCAGGCCCAGUCUGGAGCCCUCGAGGGCUGUGCCUUUGGCUGGGUUUGGCUAUGGAUUGCCAAUUUCCCGUCUGUAUGCAAGGUACUUUCAAGGUGACCUUAAACUCUACUCAAUGGAGGGCGUGGGUACAGAUGCUGUUAUUUAUUUGAAGGCCCUUUCAAGUGAAUCAUUUGAAAGACUUCCUGUUUUUAAUAAGUCAGCCUGGCGGCACUACAAGACCACCCCUGAAGCAGAUGACUGGAGCAAUCCCAGCAGUGAACCAAGGGAUGCUUCUAAAUACAAAGCCAAUCGAUAAUUUGCCACCUUUUGUCUCUGUUGGAGAUGACCUCUGCAUUCAGUAUAAAGUCUCUGCUUUGUUCCAAAAUCCUUCAAACCACAGUAGCUAAUUACUUCCAAACCAAGACCUGAUCAGGGCAUUGAAAAAUACUAAGAACAAAGUGAUGGUUGGGACUUGCAGGAAGGCACUGAGCACGUUGGUAUGUGAAUCCUGUGUACUUCACCAGAAUAUGCUUGGUUGCUUCAGUCGUGCAUUGACAAAAGGGAUUGCACUGUGAUUGCACUUAGGAACACAAUGUUGUAACAAAAAGAUACUAUUUGAAGUGGCCAAUUCUUGUUCCAAUGUAAGGAUUGGCAAGGUGUGCAGAACCCCUGAGUGGUGAAUAGUAUCUUGCACAGCAAUGUGGUGUAAGAGAAAAAUUCUGACAUAGUUCAACGUGUGCUUCAUGCAGCAUUUGUAUUGCACAGUGUCACCCCUAAGAGAAAAUCCCUUUGAGCUCUUCAGAUCUUAUCUCUAGUGAGUUUAUAAAUGCAUAGUUCUAAAAAGGGUUGUGCAGCUUUAAACUGAUGCUUUCUCCAAAUUCCCAAAGCCAUUUGUCAUGUGCAUACAAAAGUUGUGUUGUUAUAAGACGGUAGGACUUCCACUCCUUGGUAUGCACCUUAAUGAUUUUCUUGACACAGAAAUGCAUUUCUAUGCAUUUUUCCUUGUUUUGAGGAAAGCUCCUAAGUAGUUAGAUCAUCUCUUCAUACAAGAAAUUCUGUCAAUACAGGGGCAGGGGGUAAUUCAAGUUCCUAUUUGCUUAUCAUUUUAGGGGAAGUGGGGAGGGGAGAGAAAUGCUGAGAGGCCAGACAGCCAGUCAUACAAAUGAAUUUGCCUUAAGAGUGUUGGUUGUUUGAAACCUGAUUAGUUUAAAACCUGUAAAUAGUUUGCAAAGUUAUUUAUACAUUCAAUGUCUGACUGCAGUCUGGUAAUCUGAAUUUGUAGUGUAUAUAAAGAUGUUGUACACCA